CUCAUUCCGACAGGUGGCUUCAGCUGCUUUCUUUCUGGGCCGGCUGACAACAGUCAACAAGCUCGUGCGACCGUAGACUCUAGGCGCGUGGACAGCGGAGCUCGCUACCCGCAACACGCCGGGCGGAAGCCAUGAGCGGGGGCCCGCUGUUGCUCCUUGCAAGGGGCCGGACGGAAGCGCAGUCGGAAAUGUACGGGCGCCAGGAAGCGGCCAUGCCGGACUGGAAGCGGGAGCUGCUCCGCAAGAAGCGCACCAUGCACAAGGCAUUCCCCAGCUGGGCGGCGCUGGCGGCCGGCUCUGGUGGCGACCGGACCGUACAGAAGGCUGUUCACCUUGGCGACGCGGCGCGCGUUCCGGCCGGACUGGUUUGCCCGCAGUCGCCCCGCGGAGGUGGCCCCCCUAGCAUGGGCGAAGACAAAGGCGGCCAGGCCGAACUGGAAAGUUCGGAGGACCACGAGUGGCAGUACGGCCCUGGCUUCGUGGAUCGGCUGCGAUGCAAGUUUCUCAGCCUAAGCUUACGCGAGCCCAGUGGCCUGCAGCAGCCACUGCGAGCGUACGCCAGCGUGGAAAACCUGUUGGAACCGAAAUGCAGCGUCCGGCCUGCGUCGGCACCCAAGCCUGCGUUUCAGCGGGCCCGUAGCAUGGAAACCCUGUUGGAUCCACUCAUCAAUGAGGACGUUGUCAUCGUCGAGCGGAGUUCGACUGCACCCAGUGAGUUACCCCGAGCGGAUAUUGUCCGCACCUGCAAACGCAUUUUUGAGGCCUCGGCUGACAACCGGCGGCCGCUGCGCCGGCGGCCACCAGUGUUGCGUGCACGCGCCCCCCUGCGUGCGGACAAGGAGAAUAAUCAGCCUUUGGCCAGGCCGCGGCCUGCCAGGCCCGUAGCCAACAUCAAACCUUUGCGAAAACAGGAUGAGCCGCCCCCAGCAAAGGAAGAGGAGCUGCCGCUGAAAGCCCCAGUUCGUCCAGAACGUCGAGACACUGCGCCGGGGCCCCUGUGGCCGCAGCUUCGGCAGGCUUCACCGACGGCCACCAGUGUGGUGUUUGACUUCCGGGGCAAGGACGUAAAGCCGCACGUGGCCGUGACCCGGGCACCCUGCGGCAGUCCGUUGGACUCUGACGAGCUGGACUCGUCCGAUGAGCCACUUCCAUUCCCGUCGGGCAUCGUGUUCGUCGGCGAGAACGUAGUGGUCGGCGGCGGCGCCCUGCUCACCACCAGGAACAAAAAGCUGAAGAUACAGUUCAAUGAUAGUGCCUUGGUGACCAUUGAAUAUGCUUCUGAAGAAUGCCACAGUCCCCGAGGGAAUGGUCAUGACGUGGAUGCACCCGCUGUUAAUGGCAGGAACUGUGGAGGCUCCCUGGGAAGCUACACGCCAAGUGCAUUGAGCAGUGGUGAGGGUUUCCAGCUGGGUCUGUGCCGACCGAGCCGGCCUCUGCCUGCUCCUGAGCCCCCUGCAACCCCAGAACCUGAGGAGACUCCAGCUGCCCCUGCCACAGCCUGGUCUUUGUCUGCCACCAGUUCGGACUUGCUCUUUUGAGGCUUUGGCCCCCUAGUCAGUGCGGCUUCUGUUUGCGUGUCCUUCCUGACUUGCGGGUUGCCUCUGCUGACUCACUAACAGCAGGGGCCUCUCGAUCUGUUGAGAAUCUCGCAUUGUGUGCCGCAGCAUCUGUGUAGCCACCUUGCUGCAAUGAUCACGGUGUUUACUUUAUCGCUGUUUUUUUACUUGACUGUGCCUACAGUUUGCAGGGCGUCUUCCCAUUGGCUAUACUCAAGAAUCUUAAUAGACCACCAGCCGUGGUUUGCUAUUUUCUGCCUUCCAUAUAUUUUGUUUUCCUUAGUAAAUUUCUUGCAUUUCACCAUUUUGAGUUUUGUAGACAUUUUUGUAGUCAAGAAAAGUUUACACACAUAGUGUUGUUUAUGAACUUGUCGGACUCCAGUGAUCAAUGGCUGUCGCAAAUUGUUGCUUGUAAUAUGGUGGUAUUGCAGUGCAAAUGUUAACUUUUUGUGGGAGUGACACACUGCAAAGUCCAUGUGCAUGUUUCCUGUCCUGUAAAGCCAGUUUAAUUUUAUGGUCAGUUUGAUUUAACUGACUAUGCAAUUGAGCUGGCAUCAUGUUUUCUUGUUUUUUUUUUUUUAAUGGUGAGUAGCUCAAUGUUACUAUUAUAAUGUGCAAUGUUCCAAUGCUGCCAAAACUUAGCACAGUAAAGUUCCUGUGUUCAAGUGAGAUGUUUGAUUCUGUGCAGAAGAGGAAAACUUGGUGGGUGUUGGUUUUUACACAACUGGUUCUUUGAUAAUGUUGCAAUAGAUCUGAAAAACCCUGCAAUUGUGUGAAAGUGUUUGGCGGAUAAUGUGUACAGCAUGUGCCGUCAACUCUCAGGUGUUUGUCUGCUGUGGUGUAAAGGGCAUGAGUACCAUUUACACUUGUGCUCUGGCCUUGUCUGCUAUUUCCUAUGUUGACGGUACUAGCUAUUUAUUUAGAGGCAGUUUUGUCAGCAAAAGCUGUGAAGCUAAUGCUAAAACUUCGUUUCAUUCCAUGUCACUGAUUCCUAGGUUGCUUUGUGUCUACUUCACACUGCUAUCAGGCUGCCAAGGGGAUGCUAGUAUGCAAUAAUGCAUGAAACAAGUUUACUGCAUAAUUACAUUAAAUUUAAUAGGGUAUAACAUUACUGAGUAGCAUGUGCUGCACUUCGUAGUAAAUUACUUUCUCCAGCCAUAAUAAGCAAUCCUUCGGUGUUCAAUUGAUGGACAUGCCUGCUUUGGUGUAGUAUAGCAAGUGAUCAGAAAUGGCGAGCUGUUUGCAUUGUAGAUUGCUAUUAAAGCUUUAGGUUGCUUUAAGGUAAUGUAGCAAGAUGUUGCCAUGGGUAUUGAAUUUUAACUGGUGAAUCUCAUCUUUUACUAAUUGUUUGUAGUUAGUGGAUCGGAGCCCUGUGCAUUAAAAAAAAAAAAAAAAAAAAAAAAAAAAAAAAACAUGAUGGCAGGCAUUUUACCAGAUGUUAUCUAAAGCAGCAUCUGCUGCAACUACUAAUCUCAAACUAGGUCUGUGUCUUUCUCAUGCUCAAGGCAUGCAGUGUUUUGUGAUACAUUGCCAGCUGAUGUCAUUAUGCAGGUCUUUUGCUUAUGUUACACCAGGACAGACCAGAAAAAAGUUUUUCAUUGCUGUCUCUGAGUUUACGUGUGAAACAACAGCAUUUUGUUACGCAAAUACAUUUCAGUAACCUAGUGGCUGCAGCGUGCUGGUUCACUUCUUUUUAAUCUAGUUUGAUGGUGACAAUCCUUCAGGCACCUUGCUUGAAAAGUAGCAGGUAAGAAAGUGCAUUUAGUGCUUUGUGGCAUUACCUAUAAAUCAUUUGCUUGCAUUUCUCUGUUCAGCAGUUUGUACAACACAGGAGACAGUUUGACUGCUAAGUUCAGCACUUGUUUCCAGCCACAGCAACCUUGGUAUACGUACUAGAUAUUUUUGACUGGGUGAACCAGGCUAAUAUUCAGAGUUGAGUAAUAUUGAGUAUAAGGAGUGUGCACAGCCAUGUUGUGGUGUGUGGCCUUCAGUUAUCCACGGUUCCAUGCUACAUUGACUGCCAAAGACUGCUUUAAGUAUUUUAAAUACCCACUUCAUACUAACUCUUUCUGCAGAGGGGCAAUUGUGAAUGUUUGUUGCUGUGGAGACUUUGCUCUGCAAUACAACUGCUACCUUUUUAUGGUAAAUUUUUGGCACAAAUGUUUUCAGGAUGAAUAAAUGGCAUUUUGAUGUCACUGCAGUGUUACCUUGA